AUGAAGAGGAAGGAUUAUGCUGCCGCAAUAGACUACUACACCAAGGCGCUGGACAUUGUACCACUGAACCCUAUUUACCUAUCGAACCGCGCAGCAGCGUACUCUGGACAAGGGAAACAUGAGGAGGCGAAGAACGAUGCAGAGAUGGCGGUUGCCGCGGACCCCAACUAUAGCAAGGCCUGGUCACGCCUGGGACUGGCCAAGUUCGUGCUUGGAGACGCUAAGGGAGCGAUGGAAGCAUACAAGUCCGGCAUGGAGGCUGAAGGAGGUGGUUCCGAAGUGAUGCGUAAGGGAUACGAGACGGCGAAAAGAAAGUAUGAAGAGGAGAGUGGGAACGCAGCGGCUUCCGAGUCCCCUCGCGAAGGGGCAGGAGGUGCUGGCGGGAUGCCCGAUCUGAGCAGCUUAGCCAGCAUGCUCGGCGGAGGCGCUGGCGGCAGUGGUGGCAUGCCGGAUCUCGCACAGAUGAUGAACAAUCCGAUGAUGAGGCAAAUGGCGCAGAAUCUCAUGCAGAAUCCCGAUAUGCUGAGCAACCUCAUGAGCAAUCCAAGGAUAGCAGAGUUGGCCAAUUCAUUUGGAGGCGCUGGCCGUGGAGGCGGCGGAGCCCCAAACUUCGCCGAGCUCAUGAACGACCCCAGCAUUCGCGAGGCGGCGCGCAACUUCAUGGGCGGCAUGGGCGGAGCUGGUGGCGCCGGUCGAGGAGCAUAA